AUGGCCCUCGCCGACGGUGUCUCUGUUUUUCUCGAUGAAGCCGUCCAUGUCGUAGGUCACGUCCAACGCGUAGUGGCUGAUGACGAACUUGGUCUGGCCAAAUCUGGGCUUCUUGAACACCUUGUUGGUGGGCGGCUUGUCGAGGUUCUGGUACAUCUUUUCGAUCCAGGAGGCGUCGUUACCGGCCGGCAAACGGGACUCCUCGUCCAACAAGGCCAACACACCCAUGCGGUUCUCGAUAAGGUUGAUGCAGGGCUGGUUGUCGGCAAAGUCUAUGAACAGCCACUCGAUCUCCUCCUUGACGUACUCUUCCUGCUCCAACUUGAACACGUGCUGGUUGAACUCCUGCUGCAACUUCUCGUUGGCGUAGUUGAUGCAGAACUGCUCGAACGAGUUCUUCUCGAAGUGCUCGAAUCCGUAGAUAUCAAGCACUCCAAUGAACGAGUUGAUGUUCUCCUUCACCUGCGGCGGACAGAGGUCCGCGUUGAUGUAGUCCACGAGCCAGUCGAACAACGCAGAAUAAAUAUAUUUGGCAAACGAGUCUCUGGCCACGAGCGCUUGCUGGUGGUUCAAGUUGGUGAUGAUCUUUUCCGAACGCGUGGUGAUCUGUUUCUUGACACACCACUUUGCGAACGAGCCCGCGUCGAUGCCCAAAAGCGCACAUGCCUUGACCAAGUUGGGCUCGUCGGAGGACAACUGCGCGUCGUUGCGGGUGGCGGCGAUGUCGAUGUUACCGAUGUGGAGCAACGCGGCCAAGAUCUUGUAGAUCUCGCUCUGGCACGACUCGUCGAUGCCGAUGAGCGCCAACGAGUCGUUGGUGAGCUGGAAGUCCAGCGAGUCGUCGACGCCGGGGAUUGUAGUGGCACCUCCCUGGUUUAA